AUGCCCCGACCCUUUCUAACAAAUAUCAGCAAUGCAGAUCCAGAAAGAUUAAAUGUGAUGGACAUCGACCCGUGUGUCUUCGCUGCCAAAAAGCUUCUCGAGAUUGCCAACCAAAGCUUAACAACCAGGGCGCGAUCCGCCGAGUACGUAUCGACGAAAGAUCCUGAAAAGGCACUCCGAGAUCCCCAAAUUGCCGCGAUCUUCCGUUACUACAUCGAGCAUCUGGCCGGAUGUCCCUUCUUGUGCGCGGAAAAACUCGCUUCUUCUCAGCGCCAUUCUACCUUUGCGGCGGCGAGCCAGAGCUCGAGCUUCCUUAAGAAAGACCUCUGGGACGUGGCAGAGUCGUAUCACCUCGAGAGUGUUCAGGCACUGCUACAGCUGACGGAAAAUCCAGAUGAAUUCCGGACCGGCGAGACACUUGCUGCUAUUUGUCUUCUGCGAUCUUAUGAGAUCAUAUCCCAAAAUAUCAGUUGUCAGAAUCAUCUUCAGGGAUCAUACUCCUUGCUAGCAAGUCGGCCUGCUGGGCUUGAAACGGGGUUACUCAGCGCCGGCUUCUGGAAUUACCUCCGAGAAGAUAUUACCGUGGCGCUUAUAGAAAAACGAAGUCUUAUGAUAGAGCUCUCUCAUGAACAACUCCCUCCAACAAUCGAGGGCGAGGAUGACCACGCCAACAGGAUAACGUACUUACUGGGGAAAGUUAUCAACCGAUGCCUCGAUCAAGAUGCGUCGCCGUUAGAGCAUCACGAGUGGCACUCACUCAGCGGCGAGCUCGGUACAUGGCGUGCAUCUCUACCUGCCUCGUUCGAGCCUAUUGAUACUCCGGGCCUCUACGGACAAAGCAGCUUCCCAUGUUUAUGGACUGUCAGCGGAUGGCAUGCUUCGAGCCUGCAAUACUACCACACGGCCCUGGCCAUCCUGAGCGUUGCUGAGCCGAUGCAGACAACAAUGAAUACACUACAGCAAAUUGAUCGAAUUAAUGACUUUGAAAAAAAGCUCGACCAUCAUGCAAUUCAAGUCUCGGCUCUUGCGAUUUUCAGCAAUUCUGCGCCCGUGUGGGUCAAUUCGUUUGGCCCUAUUUCGUUCUGCGGGCCAUGGUUGAAAGAUUCACGGAGAAUUCACGAAUUAAUCGAGGAGACACGAAGAUGGGGAAGCAAGACCGGCUGGCCUGUGAUGAGUAUAGUAGAGUCGCUGUCGCGAUCGGGGACUCUCGGAUGA